AUGGAUAAUUUGCAAUUAACCAGUUUCAAAGAAUAAACCACAAUUGUUUUGAUGCCUUAUCAUCUUAAAAAUAUAUCAAAAUCAAUUUAGAAUGUGAUUCCAAAGAUGAUUUUUACAUGCAGAAUACAUAAUUCAAUUCCUAGUAUUGUCAUUGCUGUUAAGAAAGUUAACAUAGUAUCUGAAUAUCUUGAGACAUUUGACGAUCAACCAUAAAUGUUCAUUGAUAUUGAAUAUACAGUAACAUUAUUGUAAUUGCACUCAGGAUCUUUAGUAAAAGGGAGAUUGGUUCAAUAAUUUAAAUCACAUAUGAUUGUUUAGAUCUUCAAUAUAUUCAAUGUUUUAAUUCCAGAGGAUGAAAUAAAUGAAAAGUCAUUCAUUUGGAAUGAAAAUUUCAAUGCCUUCAUGAAUAAAUAAAAUGAGAUAUUGGAAAAUCAAAUAGAAUUAUAAAUUAAAAUCACAGAAGUCAUUUUAAACGAAGCUGAUUAAAAAGAAUUCCAGAUUAAGGGAUCCUUAAAGGAGAGAAAGUAAACAGGAUAAAUAGAGUAUCUUGAAAAUUAAAUUGGGGAUUAAACAAAAAUAGAAGGAAUUAUUGCAAAAUCCCUUGAUUGUAUAAAUUGA